AUGGUCGGAGUCCCCAUCAAGAUCGAGGCUGCCCCUGGAGAACAGGCCUCAGCUGUGCAAAAGCUUGAGGCCAUUCACGAGUAUCUGGGAGACAAAGAUACAAAUGUCAGUUCAACAAAGACCAAUGGAAAAUCUCGGGUCCAAGCAUCUCGGAAACCUAGUAUCGUACAGUUCUGGUACGGUGCAGAACAAGACCGGCUGUACUCCGAUGCUAACUCUGUCGACCGGCGCACGCAACUUGGAAAACUGGUUGAAUAUAAAGAAACGGUGGUGAAGCUACGUUCCAAGGGCAAGGCAAGCCGACGAGGAGUUCAGGGCCAAGGAGAUCAGAAGUCAGACGACAAAGCGUCACAUAAGCCGGAAAUUCGACUUGCUUGGAGGCAUUUGGAGAGGAGCUUGCCUGUUUCACGGGCGAGUAUCAAAAGUGAUGAGAAACAGGGAUUAAGUUUAGUUUAUGAUGAGUUUGUCGGUGGAAGGUCCGCUGAGCUACGGAAUGAUCAAGGAGAAAACGCCGUCGGGAGUAGGGGAGCCCUGAUGUGA